AAUUUCCGACCAAAACAAUCAACUAGCUCGUCUCGGAUGUGAAUUUUUAAUAAAAAUCCUCGAAAAAUGUCCUCGCACGAGUAUAAAUCGGCUCUUAGGAAGCUAGAACCUCAAGUUGCUGUUCGAGAUUGUCUUUUAAAGGUUGAGUCUUUAGUUUUCAACACCGCUCGCGGCAAACAAGAGUUAAUGAUGUCUCUGAUCUCGGAAUUUAUCUUUUACGAGCACACCCAGCACCCGAUGUCGUCUCUACAGGAGUUUUAUUUGGUCCUGGAGCUCUCAAAUUACUUCUCAAAAGCCUCGUUAGCGGAACAGACCGGAAAUGCGGUGUUUAUUCUCUUAUUUGGCGGCUCAAUAUCGCCCGCGAGGAUCAAUGUCCUCACAAAAUUGACUUCCACGGCGAUUUCAGCUCAACUCUCGCAAGUUCUGAACUGCGUUGGGACUUUGAUGCAACAAGUUGGCUUCUCGUCGUUAACCAGCAUCGAGUUGGCGAAGAGUUUAGUUCAAGAUUUUGUAGUUUUUUCGAGCAAAGCCUCGACGCAACUCACAGAAUUGCCCAAAAUCACGCCGCGUUUCGCUUGUAACUUCAUGACGGCCGUUACUUGCUUGUAUCUGAUCGAAGCGACGCAAAAAUCUCCCUUACUUGAACCUCCUUCGUUACUUUUGGAGCUCUUUACGUCGUGGAUCACGGAAAAUCCGAGCCUGUGUCUUGCUUCGCAACAACCUUUGAUGCUGCCAACUGGGAUGUUAUCGAUGCCCAAUGAAACUCCCUUCGCCGGACUCAUCAGAUGGAGUUGCGUGUCAGCCUUAAUUAGCACAAAAGAAAUUUACAGCAAACUUCAUCUUUCGCUGUUGCAAAGUUUGUUGCAAGCGAAACCUCUUGCCGGGCCUCCAGUUGCCUUAAAUGCCCAACAUUUGCAACUGAUUGUCACAAUUUUGCAAUAUCGCAUGGAGGAAUUGGGCAAAGCGGCGGAAAAAAGUGAAGCGGUGCAACUUAGUAUGGAAAGAUUCGCGCAAUGUAUUCAAGUAGCGAUCGCAAGUCAAUGUAUUUACGGGAAUAUUCCACAAUUGAUGAUGAGAUUGGAGACGCUGAGACCGACGAAUCAAUUGAUGCACAUCGUUAUCAGUAAUUAUAAGAAGUAAGGAGUGAAUAAAACGUGAUUUUUUAA